AUGGACAAUGGACCACAUACUAUUCCCAACAUCGAGACUGGUGGUUUUGGAGAUUGGGAUGAGAUGUUUGGAGGGAGUAGUAGUGAGCUCCAGGCUUACAAAGAGAGGACACCAACUCGUAACUCAGAAGUCAUUGACUCGUAUCCUGACUGCGCUCGAUCAUACGGCAGGGGCUACACGUUCCUCGACGUAUUCAAUUCAGACGAGAACAGCAAACACCGUGCAAUGAACCCGUAUAAUCCAUUCAGUGGCCAGAAAGACUGGGAAGUUGGGUCAUGGCUACUUCGCUCUGGAUUAAGCAUGGGGAAGAUAGACAGUUUUCUUUCGCUCGACAUGAUAAAGACCCUUCCGUUGUCGUUCCAUUCGGCCAAGGAGCUGCGUGGCAGAGCGGAAAUGUUGCCUAGUGGCCCGCGCUGGAUGUCUCAAGUAGUACCUACAGCACAUCCCACGAAAUCGCCCGUUGUCUUGUAUUGGUGUGAUCCCUUAGAUUGUAUUUCAGGCCUUCUCAACCACCCUGCCUUUCACAAUCAUCUAGACUUUACGCCUUGCAGGGUGUAUAGCACUGCGCAGCGGCUGUGCCAUGUAUAUUCAGAGUGGAUGACUAGUGAUGAUGCAUGGAAUAUGCAGUCGGCCCUACCAAGAGGUGCAACACUCCUGGGGACCAUCUUAUCGUCUGACAAGACGAAUAUAUCAACCAUGACGGGUGACAGAUCGUCUUCGAAUGCCUUUGUGCUUACCGCUCUACUUCCCGUCCCAAAAUUCAUCUACAAGAAAAAAUGCAUGCGAGGCGUACUUGAGGAUCGCCUCAUUCACGAAUGCUUAGAUAUUGUUCUCCGUCCACUCAAGCUGGCUGCUCCCGAAGGAGUCAUGCUAUUGGACCUUGUUGGACACAGUCGCUACUGUUUUACACCACUUGCAAGCUACAUUGUUGAUACCCCGGAGGCCAUGAUGCUGGCUGCUGUUGGCGGGAAAACCUCCCCAGUCACUACGGCCAUGUACAAACAGUUUGGAGACCCUUUCCAUCAUGAGCCUCACACACGAGCAACUACACUCUCCCAGCUGGACAUUGCACGGAGUAAAGCUGAUCCCAACGACAUCGAGAUAUUUUUUCAUGAAGCACAGAAGUUUCGUUUGAAUGGCGUGAACACACCAUUCUGGAUGGAUUGGGUCCUCAGUGAUCCAUCACAUUUUCUCACUCCCGAAUUUCUUCACCUCAUUCAUCGUGAGUUCUACGACCACGAUGCAAAGCUGUCACUGGGUUCCGUCAUUUUCAUGGCGGGAUUUCAAAACUCAAACAGAUUACAGGACGUACUCAACGCGACAUUCAAUGCUCGAUCAUUGCAGUUGUUACAGGGAUCUGUAACACCUACCAGAGCCCCAGCUCUCCCUACGCCUGCCCCCGCUCUGCUAGACUCCCCGCGCGGCGGUGCGCCGCCCACGCCUAGAAAAACAGCGGUCUGGACCGCUAUGACCCCGCCCCCUGGCGCUAUGACCCCGCCUGGCGCUAUGACCCCGCCCCUGGCCUAG